AUAAAAUCAAAAAUGGCCUCAGUCUUGCACAGGUGUACUGGCUCCUCCCCUUCAGUCUUGCACAGGUGUACUGGCUCCUCCCCUUCAGUCUUGCACAGGUGUACGGCUCCUCCCCUUCAGUCUUGCACAGGUGUACUGGCUCCUCCCCUUCAGUCUUGCACAGGUGUACCGGCUCCUCCCCUUCAGUCUUGCACAGGGUGUACCGACUCCUCCCCUUCAGUCUUGCACAGGUGUACCUGCUCCUCCCCUUCAGUCUUGCACAGAUGUACCGGCUCCUCCCCUUCAGUCUUGCACAGGUGUACCGGCUCCUCCCCUUCAGUCUUGCACAGGUGUACCGACUCCUCCCCUUCAGUCUUGCACAGGUGUACCUGCUCCUCCCCUUCAGUCUUGCGCACAGAUGUACCGGCUCCUCCCCUUCAGUCUUGCACAGGUGUACCGGCUCCUCCCCUUCAGUCUUGCACAGGUGUACCGGCUCCUCCCCUUCAGUCUUGCACAGGUGUAACGGCUCCUCCCCUUCAGUCUUGCACAGGUGUACCGGCUCCUCCCCUUCAGUCUUGCACAGGUGUACCGGCUCCUCCCCUUCAGUCUUGCACAGGUGUAUUGGCUCCUCCCCUGGACUGGAAUGUCCUCCUCUGAUGUCACCGCACACUGGGAGCUUCUC